AUGACCGAUGACGAGCCAAUUUAUUCGUUCCGUCCGUCUUACUCUGCUUUGGAUCCCGAGCAGGGGCCUUUUCUGCCCGAUACACGCGGGUCUGUAAUUUCACUGCCUUCCCCGAGCGGAGGUUUCAGUGUGCCUCCCAAAAGGGAAUUGACCGGCAGACCCAAGUCGUUCUCUGCCGCUCCAGACGAAGCAAUGACACCGUUUCCAGCCAUGAGCAUCAAUAAUCCACUGAGUCACGACCGUCGACUGAGCUCUUUACUGAAUCUUGACCAACUAUACGAAAGACUGGAUGCAAUGCGUCACAUGCGCUCUAUCAAACUAAUUGGAGCGGUACCCGAACCGAUCCAAUGGCGUAAAUAUUAUAAGGAAAAGGAUCAACUGAGGAAACUGAAGAACAAACAGGUGGUGAAGUUCUAUUCAGCGCAAAAUGAGAUGAUAGAACGGUAUACCGCGGUCGACAAGUUGCUGGACUCAGGAAUUCAUAUAUCGAUGCUGGAAGGCUACGAUACGAGCAAUGCAGAGGACGGCUUACAGUUUAUGAAUCCGCCGGCAAACAUCGAUCUGGAAGGUGGCAAAAUGCUUGGAUUUGACACCGAGGAGAAUGAGGCAAUUGUCGAUUUGGCAAUAAAAGUGAAUUUUGUCAUUAACGUUGUUCUGCUUGCUUCCAAGAUUUUCAUUGUGUAUUUCACCAAGUCUGUCUCGAUCAUUGCUUCGCUGGUCGACUCAGCUCUGGAUUUCCUGUCCACGCUUGUCAUAUUCUUUUCAAACAAGUACGCCUCUUCUCAGUCAGCGCGGUUUCCUAUUGGGAGGAAGAGACUCGAACCAUUGGGGGUGCUUGUACUAUCUGUGAUCAUUAUCAUCUCGUUUGUGCAGGUUCUGCAGGAGGCUGUGAACCGGCUCAUAUGGGGCCAGCACGAAAUCGUGAAGCUAAAUGCCAUGUCUGUCGAGAUAAUGGCACUCACAAUUACGGCAAAAAUCGUUUGCUUUUGCUGGUGCCAAAGCAUAUCCAGCUCGUCUGUUCAGGCUCUUGCGGAAGACGCCCGGACAGACGUGGUUUUCAAUUUUUUUUCUAUACUAUUCCCGUUUUUUGGAGUUGUGGUUGGAGCAUGGUGGGCUGACUCGCUCGGUGCAAUUUUACUGUCUCUCUACGUGAUUGUCCAAUGGUGCCUGAUAGCUCUGGAACAUAUUAGUAAUCUCACGGGAGCAAACGCAUCAAAGGAAGAUUAUCAAGAAAUUCUGUAUUUGGUUACCCGAUUCAGCGAGAACAUUACCAAAGUCAGAGAGUAUCGAACAUACCACGUCGGAGAUCUGGUGAAUGUCGAGGUUGACAUCGUUAUAGGUAAUACCUCGCUAACAAUGCGCGAUUGUCAUGAUCUGGCUGAGUCGCUACAGUAUGCGAUCGAGACACUACCGGUUGUGGAACGUGCAUUUGUGCAUAUCGAUUACCGUGUGAGAAAUUUCAAGGGCCAUUUGAACUGA